CCCACUUGCGUGAUCACCAUUUUCACAGUGAUUAUGAAGUCAUCUGUGCUGAGGAGGAUCUGGAGGCUCAAGAUGUGACCUUCUUCUGCAAAGGGGUAGUGAAGCUUGAACAUUGGUGGACCGAGUGCAUUGAAGUUAAAGGAGACCAUGUUGAAAAUAAUGCAAGAACAAUCUUUCUCCUGUGACGUUUCCUGGGCGAGGCCGAGAACUUUUUGAAGGACUCUCGUAUAUAUUUGCACCCAGCAUAGCCAAAUCACAUAGCACCAUGUUUUUGAGAAGUGAGCGGAAAUCAGAGACCCCAGAGGAAACCCACAUAGACAUGGAGAACAAAUGAAACGUCACACGGACAGUAACCCAAGCUCAGGGCCUUUUAGAAAUUGAGCCACGUAGAUGAACUUGAGGUCUGACGAUGGCGUCCCACCCUCAGAUGUACCCUGAGUUAGGUUCAGGAUGCAGGCAGUCAGCGAAGGCUCAACUGUUGGCAUCUCAGCAGCACCUGGUGGCAUCUCUGUAUAACUUGGCGCCGCUAUUAGACUGCGUCCUGGCUGCAGGUCUGCUGUCUCAGGAUAACUACCACGAGGUGAAGGCGGAAAAGACACCACAGAAGAGUGCCCGCAAGCUGCUGGAGAUUGUUCAGUGUCAGAUGGACGAGAACGGAGCCACACGCUUCCUAGAGUGUCUGCAGGAAUGUAAGCAGCAUUAUCCACGUCUACGCACCUGGCUGUCUGCUGAAGCAGAGAUCCAGCGUGGACCCACAGAGCGGAAACUGCAGGCUCAGUUCUCCUGCCUGUGCAGCCGCCUGGGCUUCUCCGUGCUGCCUGUGUCUGUGGCUCUGUUCUCCAGCAGCACCCUCACACAGUUCGAUCUGGAGCGGAUCCAGGGGGCAUCGACCCCCAUGCAGCAGACCCACAUCCUGCUGACCAUCUGCCUGAAUAAAGGAGAGUCAGCAUGCAAGAACUUUUAUAUGGCGCUGUACAACGAAGACCCUCAGCUCGCCGAGGACAUAAACAUCAGUAGCUCGUUAAAGGAUCUGUCACUGAACAGCAAAGAGGGCGACAGUGUCGGCGUGGCAGUAGAGGAGACACAAGGCACAACAGCAGGACACCUGGCUUACUCAGGAGUACUGCAGCAGGUGAGAGCUCAGCUAGGUGUGGCUGUAGGAGAUGAGGCCAGGCUGAACGUGUGUGAGCUGGGAGUUGCAGUGGGUCUGCCACGUCGCACAGUCAAAGAGUGUCUUCUAGAGGGCGUGAGUUUAGAGGACGCAGCCCAGCUGGAGGCUCUGGUGGCUCUGUUCAUGGAAAAGACUCGGGACGCGGACCGGCUCCUCAGCAGAGUGGCUGAAGUUGAGAUUCGAAACGUGCAGCUCUCUGAGCGAGGCUGUUUGUGCCUGAGGCUCCUGCAGGACGCGGAUGCUCUCCUCCGUAGUGGGAGCCACAGUCAACUCCAAACCUCCUGGGAUUAUCUGCGUGAUCAGGAUCACAUACACAGUGCAGACUGCGGUGAUGACUGCACAUUAUGGACCAUCUUCAGCUUCCUGGUGUGGGACUGCCUGGCCGAGGCUGUGGAGGAACCCAAGCUGAAGCCCAGUGGUGGCCUGGCUGCGAUGCUUCAGCAGCUGCAUGGCUGUGCUCAAUUGGACACAGCACUCCUGCAGGAGCUGGACCAGUGCUGGAGUGAAGGAGGAUCUGAGAACUUGCUCCAGAGUGUAAGGGUUCUGGCACAAAUUCUGAGGGACCUGCACCUGCUAGAUGCUGGUCUCCAUCCAUCAGGUCCUGUGGAGGGCUUGUAUUCCUGCUGGACCCGACUUCACAGGGUCACAUCUUUUCAGGGCGUGCCAGUCCGGGCCAUCCGGAAAGUUCUAAACAGUGUGGUGGCUGCCUCUACGCAGCAGGACGCAACUCCUCAAGCUCGCCAGUACAGAGAGGUGUGUGUUUAUGUUGCACGACUGUUAGAUACAGUGCAAGCAGAAAGGAGCAUUAGCAAUUUCGAAAGUUCUUCCCUUGCUCAAAUCACCCAGCACAUCCGUUUUGUUCUCUCUGGACCUGCCUUUAACUCACAGGCCUUUGAUGCAGGAGUCUGGAACCGCUUGAUGUCGCUGACGGAGUUUAAUCCUGCGCAGCUGGGCUUGGGCCCCCUCAUGCAGCUGCAUCAGGAGACCCUGUCCAACCUUAAGUGCUAUCUCCAGCCAAGCGAGUGCCACAGUUUCCACUUCAUCGUGGAGUCCGUUCAGAUGCUCGGGUCACCACGGCUGAUCUCGGUGAACAGCACCAGAGGGGCAGUGGCCAUUGAUGAUGGUGUGGAAGAGGUCUUUUGUUUCAAAGCAUCCGAGCCAGCUUCCUUUCUGGUGCGUCUGAACUACCUUGGUUACGAGAAAAUCAAAGGGCGCUAUGAAGUUCACAAACCUCGUUGUGUGCGCGUUUCCCGGCUCAGCGAGGAAGGAUCACGGGCGAUUCACAGCUUAGGCGGAGAGGUUUUAGCAGAGGAGGAUGAUAAAAUGUGGAUUCGAGAAAGUGGGAGUGGAUGGUGGGAGGAACUGCAAUGUAUAGCGCUGAGAUAUUCUGUACAGCUCCAGGAACAAGGCUGCUGUUUUAUGAUCAUGACCUCAGAGUCAGAGUGCGAAGUAAAGUUUAUAUACAGACGAGGGAGGCUGUGGGCCACGCCCCAGACAGGAUGUAAGGUGAUUUGAGACUGCACUUUAAAGCAGUUCCACGCCCGGAUCACAGGGGUUGGGUAUCGUUUGGGGUUUUGCCAAUACCGGUGCUAAAAUGAUACUUUGAACAUAGUGCUGGUGCCUAAAUGGUGCCUGAACCAAAACUUAAAGCAUAAAACGAUAGCCGACAGAAUUAAAGAACGGCUUUUUUUUAUUUCUAAGGCAAAUCUGAACAAAUUAAAAAUGAUAUACAUUUAGGCAUUUUAACCAUGUUUGCGGUAGCUACUAGCUAACCUUAGGCAUCUGCUGCCAUCAGACCAAGUUAACUAGUAGUGAUACUUAAGUUGCCUGUAAUGUCUGUUUCAGAGCACCAGAGGGCAAAUAUUUUGAUAUUUUAUUAAAUUGUUUUAUUUGCACAAUAUUAUACUCAAUUACUUCUAAUGAAGACAAUUUAAUAAUGUUCUUUCAUUUCAAUUUGUUUGCAGGAAAAUGGCAAUAAAAACACUUGUUUUCAAAAUCAUUUUGCUGUCGUUGCCAAAACGACACUGACCACAUAAUAUUUAAAGCCAAACAAAACCCAAAAAUUAAAAACUCCUUUAUAUUGACAGGUAAUAUCCACACAGCACAUGUAGAUUGUUUAUCUUUUAAAAUAAUACCUCUCUGGGCGCUGCCAUCUUACUCUCUCCGAGGUUCAAAUAAAUAUCGGGCUCAGAGUGCAAAUUAGGCGAGAGAAUUCGAGACUGCGACGUAACUUACCAUGUGACUCGCCGAGGCUGAGAUCUAGGGUAUACAUCAUUUCAAAAUUCACCUUUGUAAAAGUGAAUCAAAUUCCUGUUGAUUCUCAUAUUUUAUUUCUGUGUAUUUAAAAAAACAAACAAACAAAAAAAAAAACCACAUGGUUACAGAACAUUUCUGAUUAGAUUUUUAGAAUUAGAAGCCUUUACUUGUCACAGACAUUACAGCACAGUGAAAUUCUUUCUCUGCAGUUAACCCUUUGGGGUCUGAGGGUUUUUUCUGGCACUCUAAUAAUUUUGGCAUAUUUUGAUGAUGUCAGUUUCAACAAAUCUAAGC